UCAAUACGGCCAAAUAUUGAGGAUGCGUUUUGGCGGUUCGAAAUGGCCGUUCCUUGGUCACGAUUACGGACGUGGUUAGCGAAAAGACGCGCGGGUUUAUCGCCGUAUACGGUGACGGUACUCGCGGAACGACACGCGCAGAUUCGACCGUUCCAUUCGCAACAGAAGCAAAAAGUUCACGGGAAGAGAGCGAAGGAUCUGCUGACUUAUACCGCGCUCGCCUCUGGUUUUUGUUACGCUGCGUACAAGUGGAAAGAUGAUGCACGGGAGAGAAUCAAGCGUCUCGGCAUUUGCAAUUAUCUCGUUUCCCAGGCCAUCUCGCCACCCGGCAACGGUGACAACAGGAACAAAUAUAAUUUCAUAGCAGACGUAGUGGAGAUAUCUGCGCCGUCCGUAGUGUACAUCGAGGUUAAAGAUAAGAAGAGGUUAGAUGUGUUCACAGGGAAACCAAUUACUGUAGGCAAUGGAUCAGGAUUCAUCAUUAGGCAGGAUGGCUUAAUACUGACGAACGCUCAUGUUGUAAUAAACAAGCCGAAUGCAAUAGUGCAGGUAAAUGUAAGACUUCAUGAUGGUAGUAUGCACAUUGGAGUGAUAGAAGAUGUCGAUAUGCAUAGCGAUCUUGCUACUGUACGGAUAAAGAAGACUAAUUUACCUGUGAUGAAGCUCGGCAGCUCGGCCAACAUCAGGCCAGGAGAGUUUGUAGUGGCCAUUGGUUCCCCGCUGGCUCUCAGCAACACUAUAACGAGCGGAAUAGUGAGCAGUGUAAAUAGACAAAGUAAGGAAAUCGGUCUGCACAAUAAACAAAUGGGAUACAUCCAAACGGACGCGGCGAUUACUUUUGGGAAUUCAGGUGGUCCGCUGGUGAAUCUGAAUGGGGAAGCGAUUGGUAUCAACGCGAUGAAAGUGACGGUCGGCAUAUCGUUCGCCAUACCUAUAGACUAUGCGAAAGAAUUUUUGAAGAAGACGGAAGCGAAAAGAAAGGACAAAGGCAUACGACAGGAAGCGCGUAGAAGAUACAUAGGUGUCACAAUGCAAUCCUUGCUGCCCGACAUCUUGCUUGAGAUACAACAGAAUGGCAAAUACUUGUUGGUAAAGCACGGGGUCCUCGUGUGGAGAGUGAUAAGUGGAUCGCCGGCUGACAAUGCUGGGAUACAACCCGGAGACAUAAUCACGUUUGCUAACAAUGAACCGGUGAAGUCUUCGGCUGAUAUUUACAAGUUUCUAGAAAAGCCAGGACCGAUACAUUUCAGUAUUGUAAGAGAAGCGGAAAAUUUGGACAUAGAUGUCGAUCCUGAAGAUAUAUAAGCUUGUCGAAGUGUUUUACAAUGGCCGCGCAAAAUUCGCGAAUGCAAUACAAAAUGAAAUUAAUUGGCCUUGUUAGACAGCGAUUAACCAUGGAAAAAUAGAACGUGCCUUUAACUCUGGAGUGUUACACCAAGAUCGCCAUGACCCGGAUUGAGGACUGAAAUGUUGUUUAAUAACCUUCAAGCCGGAACGUGAAGAUGGCGUUACUAGUCGAGAACUGUUGCAAGACGGGAAAACUGCAUCUUUUUAAUAUGGCUGCCAAAUUUUCAGCCAAGCGACGCUUAGUUUUGUUUGCCUCUUCACCAGGACGAUGCACUAGUUCACACAUCCGUAAUCACCAUGUCUAAACUGCACGAAAGUCUAGUUUAAGGUUCAUGGUGCCCUGAAGAGCCUAAGCAUUAGAUAAGUAGGUAAGAUUUGUAAAAAUUGAAGUAAGAAAACUGACCAGUCACGGCCGUUCUUCUCUACAAUCGGGAAAUAAUCGACCGUGACUGGCCAAUCUUAACCGUUUAA